GUUAACGUGUGAUGAUUAAAUAUUUUUCAGUAAUUUAACGAUAAAUCCGUUGGUUAUACACGACAAGUGGCAUCAGCAUAUGAACGACGAUAAUCGUGAUAAACAAAAACCGUCAUUAGGAUCACCUGAUUAACCAGUCAUGGUGAAGAAACGCUCUGGAUACUCCAGUGGCCGUGAUUACUCCUUCUGGUUACGUAUGUUCGCGGAGACAAUCUAGUGAUUUAACAUUGCAAACUGCUUCCUCAUUCCAUCAACAAACCAACCAGAAUUAUCUUUGGGGAUUCAUCGUCAUUGGGACUGAGUUUUUUUUGCUGAUUUGAGAAGCAGCACGUGUACCUCAUUUGUGCGACAAACGUAGUCCACUUGGGAAGCUAGUGCUCAAGUGCCAAAAAGUCAACCGACCAGCCGAUGCUCCUUCGCCCAGCAAAAACCAUCACAUCCUCUUCGACAACACUGGAAGGAGAAGCUAUUUGAGGAGUUACCCCGUCGAACGAGUCUCGAUGUGACAUUACAUUCCUACCGGUGGUCAACUGUCAUCCGUGACGAGCACUCGGAAUUUUCAGUUAAAAACAUCACGCGUUUCGCUUGUGGAGUCCACCGCCAAGUGACGGGGAAAAAAUUGAGAAGAAUAAGUGGGAUUUUUUUGUUUUUUGAUGGAAGUGCAUGAGGUUUGCAUAGUGAAGGGAGUUGCGACGCCGUCGCGUCACAUCGUCACACUUGAAUCAUAAAUUUACACGCAUUAAUAAGUCGAGGUGUCUAUGAACUGUAUGUUGCGGUAGAAAAGUUGCGGGCUUAUUUUUUAUAAUUCUUCAUGGGCAGGUGAAGGAACUGAAGGGGUGUGACAAUAUACACGUAUUUUAAGGGAAGUUUUACGAAAAUUGGGACUCAUCCAAUGCCGAUGACCCAGUGACACUGAUAAAUCAUUCUCCGGUGGUGCAGCAUCAUCCGGUGAAGUUGAUAAAUAAGGGAACUGAGGAAAUUAACGGGGUGAUGUGUAAUGGUUCAUUAAUAUAUUUACAUAACAGUGUGAAGAGUUACACACCCACUGGGACAAAUGUUGCUACUAUUUCAUUUGUCGUUAAAUAUUGGGACGUCACGGUGACUGUCGGCAGCGACGGCAGUCACGGCAACGUCGACCAAGGAGCCGUCACUGACGGCACAGAAUUACCGAUAUUAUUUGAUAAAUCGAGGUACAGUGGUUGGAGGAAGUGUAGAAAUUGGAGUAAUUCGUGUUAUCCGUCACAACGGGGUCCAGCGCCGGGGAGAAUACAGGGUCCCCGGUGCAGGGAGACAAGGCCGAGGAACCAGGGGGCAUAGCAACGGCCCUGAAGACGCGGGCACGGAUCAUAGCCCCCUCUGUCAGGGGCACUAGUCACUGGCGACGGAGAAGACGGAAAAAGAGACGACGACGUAGGUGCGGCGUAGCGUCGUCAUCAGACUGGACGGAAGAUCAGAAAUCAUCGUUCCCAGCGGCAGUCCACGACUGUGAACAGACGAGGAACUCUGACAAGUGAAAAAUUUCCCCCCUCCCCAAUACCCUAAAGAGUUGAAAAAAUAUCGUGCCCUCCCCCAUCGCUUGAUAACUUAAGGUUCUGCAGUGCUCUAGUUAUCCAUCAGUGAUGACAAGUGUGCUAGUGAUGAUUAGUGAUAAAUAAUACAGAAAGAGGAAUAAGUGGUAUCAGUGUAUCCAACGCGAGUACAAAUAUAAAAAGCUAGAGGAUCAAUGAAAAGGCAAAAAAUUCCAGUGUAAAUUAUUUCGUGAUUUUAGUGUACGUGUUUUGUGUACAGUGUUAACCAAGAAAAGAAAAAAGUGACGACAAAAAAAAAGCAAUUGUGUUGAACAAAAAGGAAACGUGCGAAUACUGGUGGAUAGUACAGUAGCAUGAGUUCGUAUUUUGCGAAUUCGUAUAUUCCGGACCUGCGCAAUGGCGGGGUGGAUCAUCCCCAUCAGCAUCAGCAGCAUUAUGGGGCUGCAGUGCAGGUGCCCCAGCAGGGCCAGAGUGUUCAACAGCAGCCACAACAGGCAGCUGAUCCAUGUGAUCCAAGUAUGCUCAGACAAGGUGUACCAGCCCACCAUUAUGGUGCAGCUGGUACCCAACAAGGUAUACCAUACCCAAGAUUUCCACCCUACGACAGAAUGGACAUACGAAAUGCCGCGUAUUAUCAACAACAACAGGACCACGGAAGUCUUGACGGAAUGGGUGGAUACAGAUCAACAUCACCUGGAUCGGGUAUGGCCCAUAUGGGCCAUACACCAACGCCAAAUGGUCAUCCAUCAACGCCAAUUGUCUAUGCGAGUUGCAAGCUCCAGGCGGCGGCGGUGGAUCAUCAGGGUAGUGUCCUCGAUGGUGCGGAAACACCGCCCCUCGUUGACACACAAAUGCAUCAUCAAAUGCAUGCGCAACAUCCACACAUGCAGGCCCAACAGUCCCAAGCACAUCAGCAACAAUCACAGCAUCAGCAUAUGCAAACGCAACAGCAACACAUGAUGUACCAGCAACAGCAACAAGCAAACAAUCAACCACAAGGUGGUAUGUUGCCACAACAACAGGCGCAAGCGCAGCAACAUCAGGGUGUUGUUGCAUCGCCGAUUGGACAACAACAACAAGGCCCACCACAAAGCUCCGGCAACUCCAAUCUACCGAGUCCACUCUAUCCCUGGAUGAGGAGUCAAUUUGAGAGGAAAAGAGGACGACAAACCUACACGCGUUACCAGACCCUAGAGCUGGAGAAGGAGUUCCACUUUAACAGAUACUUGACAAGGCGGCGGCGUAUAGAAAUUGCCCAUGCCCUAUGUCUAACCGAACGACAAAUUAAAAUAUGGUUUCAAAAUAGACGAAUGAAGUGGAAGAAGGAGAACAAAACGAAGGGUGAGCCGGGCUCGGGUGAUGGUGAUACCGAUAUAUCACCUCAAACAUCGCCACAGGGUUGAGAGCCUCAAUGAAGAGUCGAGGUCUUCCAAAGAGCUUCUCAUCUCUCAGGGUCCCACCGCGAACCUGUCUCCAGCACUACCUCCAAUCUUCCCACCUGACCCUCUCCACUUUACCCUCAGUCGAUAGCAGAACUCCCCCUCCCCCAAUGCUCCCUGUCUUACCAGCCCCUGUCCCUCCCGCCCUUCCCUCCUCGCGAUUCGCAAAUGAAUGAUCUCCCACGCGAUAUGACCUCCAAAUGAUCCCUCAGCAAUGACGCUUAUCUUGUCGUGUUAAUUCAAGUUGCUCGUACCAAAAAGAUGACAAAGAAAGAAUGAAAAAAGAAAUGAAGUACAUAAAAUGUGAGAAGAGUGAAACAAUAUGGAGUUUGGCCGAGAGUUGGUGGACGAAAGAGAGAAUGAAAUUUAAUGAGGCAAAUGAAGUCACGGGAAUGCGCAAUUUCAUAAGGAUUACAAAAAUAAUAACAACAAAAGAAAAUGAUUAUGUGAAUUUUAGAAAUGACGGAUUAAAUUGCAAAUGCGAUAUUUGAAACUAAAACUGGAUCACAUGCUAAUCAGAACCGCGUUAACCUCUAUUACGUUUAAUCGAAAUGUAAUUUACGAAAGCCUAUAUAUAGAGAUAAUGAAAAAAAAAAUAUACGUAACUUAAAAAAAAAUAAUGCGUGAUGAGAGUGUGAGAGACGAUGUAUGAGUAAUUGUGUGAAUUUGAAUAAUUAUUAUGAUGCGAUUUUGACGAAUGACUUGUGAGAGUAUGAAGAUUGUGGGUAAUUAUUAUAGAGGAUGCGUUUCUAUUAUUUAUUCUCUUACUUCGUACAUAAAAAAGAAAACAAAUGGAAUAAAUAAAUAAUUAUGUAGAAAUGCGUAUUAGGCGUUUUUUGCUCGUGUAGAUAAUGGUUAUCUAUUGCGUCUCUAUUAGCGAUAGAUGAGCGUUAUAGUAAUUUAGAAAUGAUGAAAUACAAAAUCGUUUAGAUAGAUUUUAUUUACAAAAGAAAACAAACCGCGACAGCUCGGCGAGGGUAAAGCAUUAAAUAUUCGUGCCAAUGGUGUUCCAAAUGUUCAGUGACAAUGGUUUUCGUUGUUUUUAAAGUGAGUGAAAUAAUCCAGUGAUUAAUUGAAUGGUGAUGGUGGCGCCAUCGGGGAUUCAUCGUCAGCUUCAUCAACAAGGUCAGUCCUGUUGUAAAACAUCAGGUCCAUUUUUUUUUUUAUUAUUAAUGUCAACGAAAUUCAAUGCUCGUGCCCGCUGCAAAAAAAUUGUGUACAUAAAUGAUUGGAAUUUUAACGAGGAAAUUUACCCCUGCUCUGCAGACGCGAGGCCAAGUUACCAGUGACGUAAUGUAGAUUUUUGAUAAGGAGAAUGCGGGUGUGAAAGCGCAUGACAAUUUUUUUAUGGGACUACGGGAGGAGAUUUAAUUGAUGAAAUUAUGAGCGGGAAAAAAAUAUUGCGGAAAAUGAACAUGGGCCUCUGGUACAGAGGCCCUGAAUUCACUCUUAGGGGUUUAUUGUUGGAAUUAAUGGGCUGUUUGGGCCUCAUAUGGUCCGAUUGGGUCUUGUAUGACCUGAUUGGGCCUCGGUGGCCCAUAUUUGUCCCCCUUUGGGUCUGUGAAUUCCAUGAAAAUCCUUUCGGCAGCAUUUGCUCUCGUUGGGACUCUCAUGAACUCUUUGAGCCGCGUCUGGGCCUUACUAGGGCUCCUCAACCCUCAUCUGGGUCUUCUGGGCCGCACAUGGGUUUCCUAGGCCCGAAAAAACACUUCCUUCCAUAAUUAUUGCAUUGUCACAUAGUAAACAUCUCAAUUUUUUUAAUUUCAUCUGGGUUAUCAUUUCUUGGGACAUAUUUUUCCUCGAAAUCAUUUUUCCAUCAAUAAUUUCCUCCCGUAAUUCUGACCAAAGCCCCUUCAACUGCAUAUAUUUUACGUUUAAUUAUAUUUCUAUCCCGGUGAUUAAUGAAAUUGAAAAACGGAGUGGGUGAAAUUAAUCGCAGUCGAGUGGGCAUUCAGCCAAAUUUUUCGGAAAUCACGAAAACCACCCCCAGCCGUCCUUGAAAAAUAUAUUGAAAAAUAAAUAAUCUGGCAUGCAGGAUUGAUAUUCAAAAUGAAAUAUUUUAUAAAUCGAAGUGAACAAUUGGAUUGAUUUUUCGAAAUAUUUGGCUGAAUCUAAAAAAAAAGUCAGGUGUUCUUACCCAAGUUGCGUGUAAAAAUAAUCGACUUCCAAGGACCAAAGUGAAAGAUAAACACAAAAAAAAAUUGUUCCCGGAAGCCGAAGUAUGAGAAAAUAACAAAAAUCCGCCGCGGCGACUUCUGUGCUGUGUUGUUACAUUAGUUUCUCGACACUUAGUUUCUAUUAUCAUUAAUUAUGAAAUAAUUAUGAGAUAACGAUAUACGUAAUGAUGAGGAUACAAUGGUAAAUUAAAGUGUGGGGGGGAAUGACAUUCAAAAUUAAAUGCGGACAUUCAUUCUCACUGGGGUUGGGGCGAUGAUAUAACGUUUGAACUGAUAUACGUAAUGACAUGGUCCAACUCGUUUUCGAGUGCGCGACUGGCCUUUCUUUCCUGAGAGAUUUAUUUAUGUAAAAAUAAUGGUGAAUUGAUUAUUGAUAAAAUCAAUGGUUUCGAUUGUUCCACACGCCUAUUGCUGCUGCAACAAAGACACAUUGCGAUAGAAAGAGAGAAAAAUCCCGGAAAUGUUGAUGAAUUUCAUGGAAUAUUCACAUGAACAAUGACUUACAAAAUGAACUCAUUUUUCAAACAUUUGUCGGAACUUUCUGACCCUUAUCAGCUUCUGGUCUUUAUCUGUUACUUACUUUUUCGAUAAUUAUACUGAUUUUUAUGGUUGUUAUUUUGGAAUCUUCGUUUAAUAUUUCUUUUUUGUAAUUUUUUUCUCAUUUCAUAUUUUGUAUUUCAUCUUUGUCUGAACCUUGUCAAUCCUAUGGACCAUCAUUGGCCUUGAUCCAUGCCCCCCGUGCAUUAUAACCCUUAUUCUGGGACUUAUUCUCCAUGAAAUUUUAUGCUCCGUAAAAAUUAACUUCUACAAAAAUUUAGGAAUUUUUCUCUCUCAGUGAAUUCGGAAAUUUCGGUUCUCGUGAAUAUUCAAAAAUCAUUAACGGUUAACAUCCUCGAUAAGCAUCUUAACUGAUGGUAGUAUUGAAAAGCAGGGGAGGGGCACGGCCUUGCCCAAACAAAGAGACAAUACAUAACCUUCACGCCUUCAUUGUAUUCGAUUUACGAGACAAUUGCCCCAUCACUUUUAACUUAUGUCUCUAUUAUCAUCGUUAGUUUCUCCUUUUAGACCUACCGGCGAUAAUAUUCUUGUCUCGACACUACUAUUCACUAAAAUAUUUUCAAAUUCUACUAAUUAAAAAAAUCCCAAAUCUUAUACAAUUCGACGCACCAAAAACUACUUUUCUGCACUCGGAUCGAAACUCUUUUGUGACACCUGCUUCAAAAAGUCACUUUUCGAAACGACUGGCUGUUUCUAAAAUUUCUGUUUUACAUGCGAAGUCGCGUAAAGUGCGUAAAGCUCCUUAUGGAUAAAACCCAGCUUUACGUAUUCGUCAUUCACUUUCCGCACGACCUUGAACUUUACUCGCUCUCUGCACAAAACAAUCUUUUCACCCUCUUUACCGUUUCGCUGAGGAACUGGACAGGUGUCACAAAAAAUGACAGGUGCCCUUUCACGUUCGCGUCCGAAAAAGUGGUGCUUUGCGGCCUCGUAACGGAAUAUGGUACUUUACCACUGGGCCCGAUCACAUUCACUCAAUAUUACGGUUCAUCGGGUCGAGUGAAAAAAGACAGAGAAAGGAAAAUAAUAUUUUUGAACGUAAAUUCGAUUGCUUCGUUAUUUCAAGUAUCGCUUGGAAUUCUUAACCGUUAACGUUCGGGGGAGAAUUCAUGGGAAUCGAAAUAGGGCGGCAGGCGUGUCCAUUGUUGCAGCGGGCGGGGGCAGUGGUGAAAUUCGAUCGUCCUACAAAUGUUUUCUCUCUUUUUUCUCUCAUGAUCACACGAUGGGGGAAAAAUAAGAGACUUGCUAUGGCCACGAACGCUACGAAAAGAUUGACCGCACAAUUUUUACCGCGGAGAUGUACAUAAUUCAUAUUUUACUUGGGAUUGUAUAGGGAUAACCUCAAAAAACCCGUGAAAUGACGAGUGAAAAAAUAUAAUGGGUGUUAAAUAAUAACCCCGUAAUAUUAUUUAGUUACGUAAUAUUUAUUAGUAUGAUGUUACAGGUUAUUGUGAACCUUCAUUUAUUUUGUUUUUACCGAAGAUCUAAUGGAUAUUUUUUACUAUAAAAAAAUCAACGUGAAGAUGAAUAUAUGCGUACUUAUAGAUAGUCCGAAAUGUGCAAAAAUUUUAAUAAAUUUUUCGUUUUCUCUCACCUUUGUUUUAUGUAUAUUUUCUUUCAUUUUACUGUGAAAUAUUUCUGACACUCAAAUCGACUUGCCAAAAGUAACAUUUCAUUCAUCAUGUGUAGUCCGAAUUCUGCAUAAACUGCAUCGGAUAAUAAUUUUAGGUUUUAUUUUUUUAAUUUGUUAUGAAUGUGAUUUUCAUCGGAGUGACUCCAUGUCCUCGCUCGCGCUUCAUGUACAAGAAUUUCUGGUUUUUCUGUCACCUUGUGACAACUGCAGAUAUCGCCGAAACGAGACAUUUUUUUCACAUUUUUUAAAAUUAAUUGUGAAAGUGAAGUAAGAUUUCACUGUUGAUGUUCAUUCAAUCAUUAUAUACUUGAUGAAGAAUCUAUUCGAUUAUUAUUUCUCUUCAAUUCGAUAUCGGCAGGGCAAUGGGAUUGUGAGAGGCGACGCCUGACGUCGUUCCAUCGAAUUCGCAAGAACCGCAUUUCUGUAUACGAUACCGCGUAGGUAAAGUAGGUACCUGUUAAAUAGAAAUAAAAAGAUAAUACAUUAAUGAGCAUUAGAGAGAGGUGUAAGUGUAACAAUUAUUUAUUACGAGAGUAAAAUAAAUAAACAAUGUACGCCAAGUACAAACCUGCGCGGAUUUUCAUGUAUAAAUGGAGCGACGGGGUGUCAGAUGGGAUGGGAGGGAUGAUCAUUCGUACUCGAUGGAUUUUUGGGCCGUAAAAUUACUGAACAAUGACAUGACAAUAUGCAAAAAUAGGGCAGCAUAUGGAAAUUCUGAUUUGGAGAUUUUUCUAUUUUUGUUCACAUGAGUAUUUUGGAAACUUUGCACCGCCAUUUUGUCUGAGUUCUGCUCAAUUUUCAUGGCACCGUUUUUUGUUCAACCCUCCACUUACGGCGUCGAACAUCGAUUACUUCAAAAUCGUUCAAGAAUAAUUUAUCCGGUCAAAAUAAUUCGAUAUAUGAGUACUGUUGCUUAAUUAGUCAGUGGUUGUAUAAUUUUUCACGCAGAAAUAAUUGAAUUCAAGUCAUAUUGAGCUUUGGAAAAAAAAUUGGAGUGAAUCAACAUUAGUCGGUGCCCGAAUCACUCCACACGGAAUUUCUUUAGUUUGUUCUUGGCUUAAAUAUUGGAAUCGGCUAAAAUAACUAUUUUAUUGAUUCCGAAAAAUCAUAACCUCAUUUAUGUGAACAUCAAUUCAGUUUUGGGAGGGCUAAAUCGUCCGAGAGAUGGCGUUCAUCGUCUCUGCUCUUCAAAAUUAAAUAAAUGAAAUUGACUCAGAAUUGAAACGUAAUCAACGUAAAUAUUUAAAUGAAGAAAAUUUUUGAUACGUCUCCAGCAGAAAAAAUAGAUUCAUUAUUAUGAGAAUUGCUUAGACUCGUGACGUACGAUCGGGGUGUGGCUCAAGGUCGCGUUAUUGAACGUCACGUAAAAUUCCAAGCGUUGACACGUAGUUGGCAUUCCAUCCACGUCCGGGAUUAGUUUGUCCAAUCUCUGGGGAUGAGGAACUACUCUCCAUUUCCAUACUCACACAGGCAGAAUAUAACACGUGAAAAUCAUUGCCCGGCCGAGUAAAACGACAUGUACAUACGAGGGAAAAUUUCGAAAAGUCAUUAGCGAAGAGGAAAACUAUUUAAGUUGACUUCCACUGUUGGUCAUUGUCGGGUGAAUAUCUCCGAAUCUAAUCGAGAUAGCAAAAUUUUUAUAAGGACCUUUUUUGUAGCCCUCGAUUCGGAUCACAAAAAAGCUCUUUCGAUAAUUUUCGUAUCUGGUUCAGAUUCCAAGAUAUUCCUUGAAACGUGAGACGAGAGACAAGUCGGCUUGGACCGUUGGCUUCGCUACUGAAUCCGUGAUGACGAGGGGAAAAUAAAUGCCGAGAAUAACUUAACGAACAAUUAUUGACGAUAAUUAAAAGAGGAAAAGUAUAAAUAUUAGUACUAUUUACGAUUGCAAGUAAACGUAUAUAAUUAUUUUGUAGUGUCUCCGCAAGUAUGUAAACUAAAUGUACACAAUUAAAUGAAAGAUGAAAAUAUGAAAAAAAUUGGACAUAACGGCGACAACCACUACAACGAGUACGAAAUAAGAGAUGUAUGGUGAUUAAAAAAUUUAAUAAAAGUUGGAUAAACGAGCGAAUGACCAGGCGGAGUCUGACUUCGUCAACAAAAUAAAGAAAUAAAAAUCGAUGAGCAAUUGAUAACACGUGAACGAUAACCAUAAUAGUAUUAUGGCUAUUAUGUCGAUGAGUCUAAAAACCAUAUUGUAUUAUAUAUAAGAGUCUGUCCAUAUUAAUAAUAACGAUAUUAAUUAUAAUAACUGUGUUUGGAAACGAGAAAUAAAUUGUGGUUGAAUAUGAA